UCUUAUCUCCUGAUAAGACAUAUCAUGUGGAGUCACUCUUCACAUGCUCAGUUUGGUGUGUAUUGCUAGAGAGGUUGUUUUUUUUUUUUCUUGGGAGAGUGCAUAUACAGUGAAUGCAGGGUCCGGGAGACCAGAUACAGUGAAUGCAGGGUCCGGGGAGACCAGAUACAGUGAAUGCAGGGUCCGGGGAGACCAGAUACAGUGAAUGCAGGGUCCGGGGAGACCAGAUACAGUAAAUGCAGGGUCCGGGGAGACCAGAUACAGUGAAUGCAGGGUCCGGGGAGAGCAGAUACAGUGAAUGCAGGGUCCGGGGAGAGCAGAUUUAGUGAAUGCAGGGUCCGGGGAGAGCA